AAAGAAAUACUAUCUCUCAAAGAUGGCACUUAACGUUUUGAUCGUAGGAGCUGGAAUCGGUGGCCUGCAAGGACACGAUGUGACUCUCCUCGAAUCCUCCCGAUUCAGCAACGAGACUGGAGCAGCUAUCCACAUGGCUCCAAACGCAAACGGCUUACUCAAGCGUUAUGGGGUUGACAUCGAGAAGGUCGGCGCAAACGAAUGCAGCAGGAUCGCACAGUACCAUGCCGAGUCAGGAAAGGCACUUUUCCAGGUCGAUCUUACAAUGCCAAACAAGCAGUGGCAGCACAAGUGGCUGUUGGUGCAUCGGGCUCACUUGCACACUGCCUUGAGGGAAAGAGCUAUCGGAAAUGAGGGCAAAGGCAAGCCUGCUACACUCAGGCUCGCGAGCAAAGUCGCUUCGGUAGACCCCGAAAAGGCAGAGGUAACCCUGGAGAGCGGCGAGAAGGUAUCUGGUGAUGUUCUCCUUGGAGCUGACGGCGUUCACUUUCAAGCUGAUAUGAUUUCANNGUCAUUGUGUCGUAAAGCACUGGACCUCGAGGAUGCGGAGAAGUACACGCCUUUUGACUGCGGUCACAGUGCUUACCGCUUCUUGGUGCCGAAAGAGGAUGUCAUGGCUGAUCCCUCCUGCCGUGAGUUUGUCGAGCAAGAAGGUAUGCUCUGCAUGAUCGUUGGUGAAGACCGCAGAGUCGUGGUGUAUCCUUGUGUUGACAACAAGCUCAUGAAUUUCCUUCUGAUCCACCCCAGCAGCGAAUCACGCUCAGACGAUGCCGGAUGGAAUCAACAAGGUGACAAGAAGCGCAUGCUAGAGAGUGGCGCCAGCUUGGCUCCCCAAGUUCGUGCUCUUUUGGAGAAAGCCCCUGAAGACAGCUUGAAGGUUUGGACUUUGCUGGACAUGGCGGUGCUCCCUACAUGGAUCAAGGGUAGCAUGGCAUUGCUAGGUGAUGCCGCUCAUCCAUUCUUGCCUCAUCAAGCCCAAGGUGGUGGUCAAGCUAUGGAAGACGCAGUCUCACUAGCAGCCAUCUUGCCUUAUGGCACCGCAAAGGAAGACAUCCCAGAGAGAUUGAGACUGUAUGAACAGUGCAGACGCGAACGCGCGAACAGAAUCCAGGACGGUACCAGAUUGAGUGGAACGUCUCAAAAGGAGCUCGCCAAGAUGGGCAAGAAAUACGAUGGUCACUUUCGCUUUCACCAACUACAACUUNNCGGGCACGACGAAUGGGACUUCUCNAAAAAUGCUCUGAACAAGCAUCUCCAGUCCAAACAGCCAUACCGGUUCCGUCAGCCAGUGUCGUUCGGCCCUAGCCCUGGUCCACGCCAGCCCCUCAACGCUCAGCUGGAUGUGCACUCGAUGGCAAAGCAGAACCAAACGAUAGCUUCGAUUCGUUUCAAGACAUCAAGGACCUAUCUUCAGAACCUGUUCCCCAGCUCUUCGUUCUCUUUCAUGUCUCCAGCAACAGUUGUAGAAGCCUCUAUCGUGUGUUGCUCGCUGCGCAACAUGACAUGGCUGGGUAAUACAGGAUACGACCACUGCGGCCUCUACAUCCACGGAGUGAAGUACACCAAGAAAGACGGCGAAAUCCUUCAAGGAACUUUCCUACCGAUCUUGUUCGAGAAUUUGACCGACCCCAUCAUUACUGGUCGCGAAGAGCUUGCCGCACCUAAAUUAGGAUGCGAUAUCGAUGUUUCGUCUUCUGGCGACUCUCGCAGUGUACGCAUGAGUUGGCGCGGAACCACUUUCGCAGAGCUUGAAUGGAACGGUCUUCACGCAAAGCCCCAAACAAAUGGCACNGAACGGCGUGAAUGGCACUCACGCAAAGCCUCCUGGUCCACCUGGUCCACCUGGUCCCCCGGGCCUCCAAUGCCCAAGAUCGAAGACAACGGCUUGUUCAUGUAUCGCUACGUGCCAGCUGUGGGUGAGCCAGGAAAGGCAGAUGCCGAGUAUGCUGUCUUUGAUGAGUACGAGAAGAAGGAACCAUCGUCUACAGAGGCUCAGCAAGAAGUGCAAGACCAGACAACCAAGGCGGCAACUAUCAAGUUCUCGCCUGGUGAUUGGAACUCGCUACCGACUCUUCACCACAUUGCUCAGGGCCUCGCAGAUGUACCCAUUUACGGCAUCGUAGAGGCUACCGUGAAGGAGGUGCCAUCAGUAGGCGAUGUUAGAGGAGCAAGGAGGAUUGAA